UUCAAGUCCGCCAAUCCUCAGCAGAAAUCGGCCUGAAAAUAGAUUCAAAUGGCUGCGGGAAGAGCGAUUAAGCAGUUAUUGAAGGGGAAGUUUCAGUCCCAAUAUACUGCCCCUCCAGCAUUGUCAUCCCUUAUUUCAAAGCAGGAUCAAGAUGGAUGUGGACCUGCUGGCAUGAAGUCCCUUAGAGCAAUUGCACUCCUUGGAGCCGGUGUUUCUGGGCUCUUGAGUUUUUCAAUGGUAGCGUCUGCUGAUGAGGCAGAGCAUGGGUUAGAGUGUCCAAGCUACCCCUGGCCUCAUAAAGGCAUUCUCAGUUCAUACGACCAUGCAUCGAUCCGUCGUGGUCACCAGGUGUACCAACAAGUUUGUGCAUCUUGCCAUUCAAUGUCUCUAAUUUCAUACCGUGAUCUUGUGGGAGUGGCAUAUACAGAAGAGGAAACCAAAGCUAUGGCUGCUGAGAUUGAGGUGGUUGACGGACCUAAUGAUGAGGGUGAAAUGUUCACUCGCCCUGGUAAGCUGAGUGACCGUUUCCCUCAGCCAUAUGCAAAUGAACAAGCAGCAAGGUUUGCUAAUGGUGGGGCUUAUCCCCCAGAUCUGAGUCUUGUCACCAAGGCUCGCCACAAUGGUCAGAACUAUGUAUUUGCUCUCCUAACUGGCUACCGUGAUCCUCCCGCUGGUGUUUCGAUUCGAGAAGGGCUACACUACAAUCCGUACUUUCCUGGUGGGGCAAUAGCUAUGCCCAAAAUGUUGAUUGAUGGUGCUGUUGAGUACGAGGAUGGUACCCCUGCAAGUGAAUCUCAGAUGGGGAAAGAUGUUGUCACAUUCUUAUCCUGGGCAGCGGAACCAGAAAUGGAAGAGAGGAAACUGAUGGGAUUCAAAUGGAUAUUUGUACUGUCACUUGCACUUCUCCAAGCUGGUUAUUACCGUCGAUUGAAGUGGUCCGUUGUGAAGUCUCGCAAGUUGGUCCUUGAUGUUGUCAACUGAUCUAGAUUAGAUGUAUUGAUCUCAAGACGUCCUAGGCUGCAGUGGUGAAUGGGGGCCUGAGACCGCUCCAACUAUUCUUUCGAGGGAGAAAUAAGCUCUGCUCUUUAUACAUGAUCACUCGUUUAUUUAUUUUCCUUUUCCCCCAUGAAUAUUUAAAGUUUGGUUUAGGUUCUUAUUCCAGUCCUAAGAGUUGGGUUGGAGCACUUUCUUGCUGUUUUUUUGGCUCUUUUCUUUUUAAAGAUAUUAUGAGACUCAGAGAUCGAAGGCAGUGCAUCACCUGUAAGUCCAGUCUUUCAUAUGGAAUUGCAAGAGGUUGAA